UCAGCAAAACCUUCAGCUCCCCCUCUUCUGCUACUUUCUUCUUCUUUUUCUUCUUUCUAUCUUUCUUUCUUCUUGUCUCUGUUCAUACAUCUUUAAGCUCGCGUUACCACCAUAGUUCGGUUGCAAUUGUCCUAUUAUCCGUUUGGCUUAAUCUCCUAAAGAACGAGAGGAAGACCAUGAAAGAGAGUGGAAGAAAACAAGGAGCGCUGUCGCCAUGCGCAGCGUGCAAACUGCUCCGGAGGAGAUGCGUUCAAGACUGCGUGUUCGCUCCUUACUUCCCAGCCGACCAGCCCCAGAAAUUCGCCAUCGUCCACAAGGUCUUCGGCGCGAGCAACGUCAACAAGAUGCUACAGGAAUUACCAGAGCACCAGAGGAGCGACGCAGUGAGCUCGAUGGUGUACGAAGCAAACGCGAGGAUGCGGGACCCCAUAUACGGCUGCGUAGGGGCCAUAUCGUCGCUUCAGCAACAGGUCGACGUGCUGCAGAACCAGCUCGCGCAGGCACAGGCCGAAGUCGUCCACAUGCGCAUGCAAACGCAUCAGUUCCCUUCGGCCUCGGGCUCAGCCGCCGCUGCCGGCAGCUCGCGGGGGGACAACUUGCGCUCCCGGCGGUCGUAUCUUCCCUUGAGCGAGGUUGAUCAAGCGGAGGUCGAGGACUCUUUGUGGUCAUGACGUGAAUUAUUUCUGAUGCUGCCCGCACUUUACUCAUCCAUUGUGUGCGGAUCUUCUAAUUUUUGCUUACUAGCUAAAGCUAUAAAGUCGUGGUUCUCUAUCGUCCCCUCCGGGUUCAUCAGAAUGUAUAGCAUUGGAGACGUUUUUGACGGGUGUUAAACUUAUCCAUGAUCAUGUGUAGAGGUUUGGUCUGUGGUUUCAGAAAGGCAUCAUUUGUCU